AUGUGGCAGAUGAAGCCACUUAGUGGGGGAAGAGGUCCCAGAACCGACGUCCAGUCCCGUUGGUUCAAGGGUCCAGAUUUCUUGUAUCUACCAGAGUCAGAAUGGCCGAAGAGAACGUCUAUGAAACCGCUUGAGACCGACGAAGAGUUGCGGCCCUGCUUGGUACAUCAUCAGCGAAUUGUCGAAGACGUCAUCAGCUGGACGAACUUUUCCAAAUGGGAACGCUUGUUGAGAGCAAUCGAAUAUACUCAUCGUUACGUAGCAAACUGCCGCCGUCGAUCCAAGGAGCAACCGCCAAUCUCCGGUUGCUUAACGAAGGAAGAACUACAGCGAGCGGAGAACAGUCUCUGGUUCAUAACACAGGCAACAUCGUAUCCAGAAGAAGUAGCGGUGCUGAAGCUGGCACAGAAGAAUCCGAAGAAGCACAUCGAGAGAACAAACCCGAUUUACAAGCUGUCUCCUUUCUUGGACGAGCUGGGUGUAAUGCGGGUUGACAGUCGCAUCGGAGCAGUCCCGUACGUCACGCAUAAUUUCAAGUUCCCUGUUAUCCUGCCACGCAAGCAUCCGAUAACCACGCUACUUGUAGAUUGGUAUCAUCGCAAAUAUCUACACGCCAACCAGGAGACCGUUCACAACGAAGUUCGUCAGCGUUUUCAUGUUUCCAGCCUGCGUGUGGUAGUUCGUCGAGUAGCGAAAGAAUGCCAAGCGUGCAAAAUCAGCAAGGCGGUGCCAACUACCCCAGAGAUGGCCCCGCUACCAGCUGCUCGGUUAGCAGCCACAGUGCAUCCGUUCUCCUAUGUUGGGUUGGAUUAUUUCGGUCCCAUGAAGGUCAGAGUUGGCCGUAGCUGCGUCAAACGGUGGAUCGCUUUGUUCACGAGCAUGACGGGAGCAAGCCGUGAAUUACGAGAGGAGAUUGUAGCCAUAGGGAAACAAAUCCAAGAAACGUUUACGAACUCGAUCACCAAGUGGAUGUUCAAUCCGCCAUCUGCUCCGCACUUCGGUGGUGCGUGGGUUCACCUCGUAAGAUCGCUGUGCAAUGACUGGCAUCCAGACGACGAAACAUUGCUAACUGUCGUAGCAGAAGCGGAAGCAAUUGUGAACUCUAGAUCUCUCACAUUUAUCCCUCUGGAGAACUGUAAUCAAGAAGCGCUAACACCAAACCACUUCAUCAGUAAGAGUUCGGAGCAGUCCAACCUCCAAGAGCACUAA